AUGAGUACAGAAAACAAUCCCCAGGAUGCCAAAUAUGAUGCAGCUUUGGAUUUGCUACGUAGACUAGAUCCAACCAAAGUUGCCGAGAACUUGAACAAGAUUAUCAAGUUGGAACCAUCUUUAGCUGAAGAUUUAUUAAGUUCUGUCGACACCCCUUUGGAUGUUAAGAAGGAUCCACACUCCUCACAAAGAGAGUACCUAUGCUGUGAUUAUAACAGAGAUAUUGAUUCUCAUAGAUCUCCCUGGUCCAAUGAAUAUUUCCCUGAAUUGUCCAAGGAGGAUUUAGAAGAGAGUCCCUUCCCAAGCGAUAAUCUAAGACAAUUGGAAAUUAUAAUGAAUGAUUCAUUUGAUGUUUAUAGGGAUCUGUAUUAUGAAGGUGGUAUCUCCAGUGUUUAUCUAUGGGAUUUAGAUAAUGAUGAAGAUUUUGCAGGUGUCGUUCUGUUUAAGAAGGGAAACCAAAGUUCUAGUAAUUGGGAUAGUAUCCAUGUUUUAGAAGCCACUUCUGAAGAUGGUGGGGCUAAUUUCACGUAUAGAAUAACAACCACAAUCAUUCUUCAUCUUGAUAAAGAUGAACAAGAGAGAAAAAUGACAUUAUCAGGAAAUUUAACGAGACAAACGGAAAAGGAAGCGUCUUUGAAUGGAGCCUCCACUAUGGAACAAAUUCAUAUAGCCCAUAUAACCAAUUUGGGUACAUUAAUUGAAGAUAUUGAAUUACAAAUGAGAAAUUUGUUGGAAACAGUCUACUUUGAAAAAACAAGAGAUAUAUUCCAUGAAGUUAAGAAUAGCGUUGUCGACGCAGCUACUCUGCACAAAGAUGCACAAACCGAGGUCAUAAAGGGCUUACAAGGCCUAUAA